AUGGGACUCCAGGAGGAGGUACAGACUCUGACGCCUUCAGGAGGGGCUGAGACUAGAAGAGGAGAGGCUGAGCUAGGAGUCGUAAAGAACAACGUGGGAGAGGAGGAGGAGGACGACGACGAAAGACAAGAGGCGGAUCAGAGGGGAGAACGUCGAGAAAGCCCGGGGCAGAAGAGGAGUGCAGUUGGAAAGCCCAACAGGUGGCUUUACCUGAGCAGCACAGGGAAUGGGGGAUGGAGGAAAGGGGAAGUACUAGGAAUGAGGACGGACCGGUUACCUCCUUUCCUCCAGGACAGCUGUGUGCAACAAGUGUCUGCGGAAGACUUCAACUUGGCUGGGGAAGAAAAGGCACGGACCGGAGAACUCCAUGCUGAUGUUUGCCACAUUCACAUUAAGGAACUAAGUUGCAAUGCUGUUUUUCUGGAAAAUGCAACACAACCUCAUGUGGCGGUCUUGCGAAGGCCUGCACAUGGACUUCGGCUCCUGGGCAGCAGAAGAGCCGUGAGCAUGUUCGUCUUCCCAGACGACAACAGGAGACACCAAAACACAGCAACCAACCACCAAGACAGCUCUGUAAAACCUCGCAGUGAUUGUAUGUUGACAGCUACCAACUCAAAUAACAAUAUUCUGCCUACCUCGACCCCAAAUCAGCAAGGUUGCCCAGAUGUGGUCCAGCGGUGUAGGACAAGACGUGCCGAGCUGCGUGCAAUAGACGGUCUAAAACCAGACAUGCUGCCUUCUGUCAACCUAUUUCCUCAUCCACUAGAAGAACCGCCAAUACGUCGGACUUUGAAAAGCAAGAACAAACCACGGCCCGUUAGCAUGACUGCUCUUGAGCUUAAUAAAGAGCGUAUUGGAUCCCGGGAUGAGCUCACAAGCCACGCUUCCACUGGCACCAGUAGUUUGCCUCGUCCAGGCUUCCGAUGGAGAUGGUUUGGUCGACAGGCAACUGGAAAGGAAGUGGUGGCGAAACAAAAUUCAACAAGGCUAAAGGAACCCAACAAGACAGAAGAACCGAAGACAACAUUCGGAUCCCUGCGGAGGAGCUUGAGUCUAAGGAUGAGGCGGAAUCGUAAUCAACCCGAGCAGGAGAACCGAACUGAAUGGAGACGCACUUCAAGUAUCGGAGAACAAUCUAUGCAAACCACUCGCCCGUUUUCCUAUUUUACUGGCAGGAUGUUAACACCAGCUCAUGAGCAAGAUGAGGAUCAAGGGGCCACACAGUACAUUCAGUACCAAACUCGGGGCAAGGUGGCCGUCUUGGAGGUCCCUCUCCAUCCUACCAAACUAACAAAGCCCACCAAACAUUUGCAACCAGGGACUAGUUUUUGGCAGUUAAUUGCUAGUCGUUUUAAGAGGACAGACCCGUUGUCCAGCAACAAAUCUGAGCUGUUCACUGAAAGCCAAGCAGUUGGCAGCCACCCCCAUGCGAGAAAUAAAAAGCCAGAUUCUGUUGCCAUAGAGACUCUAGCUGGCAUUGGUUUCUGCAAAGGUCAAGAUUCCUUCGUUAACAGUCAGGAAUGGACAUUGAGUCGAUCAGUACCAGAGCUCAAAGUGGGCAUCGUGGGAAACCUGUCCAGUGGGAAGUCAGCAUUAGUUCACCGGUAUCUGACAGGAACAUAUGUCCAGGAGGAGUCGCCCGAGGGUGAGUUUGCUCAGAAAGUGGUGGCGCUGAGGAAAAAACAGCAGCUUUCGAUUGGUCCGUGUAAAUCUCUGCCCAACUCUCCCAGCCACUCGUCGGUCCCGGCCGCGUCCAUCCCCUCUGUACACAUCAAUCAGGCUGCUAAUGGAGGAGGCGCGUUUAGCGAUUACUCGUCCUCCGUUCCCUCCACCCCCAGCAUAAGCCAGAGGGAAAUGCGCAUCGAGACGGUGGCCGCCUCCAACACUCCCACGCCCAUCCGCAAGCAGUCCAAACGGCGCUCCAACAUCUUCACAUCACGGAAAGCCAGUGAUCAGACAAAGAGCAUUGAGAGUAAAACUGACAGUAUAGGGAGUGGAAGGGCCAUACCCAUCAAACAGGGGAUUUUGUUAAAAAGAAGUGGGAAGUCACUUAAUAAGGAGUGGAAGAAGAAAUACGUCACAUUGUGUGACAACGGUCUGCUCACGUACCAUCCCAGUUUACAUGACUACAUGCAGAACGUCCACGGUAAAGAAAUUGAUUUGCUGCGGACGACAGUAAAGGUACCCGGGAAGAGGCCGCCCAGAGCAGUGGCAACGGUCGCCCCUACAGCCAGCCCCAAAACCAACGGACUGACCAAAGACCGCAGCACUUUACAACUCGGCAUCGGGGCCACAAGCACUCCUCACUCUAACAGCAGCAGUUCCCUGCAGUCCGGGGGUUCGGCGGCCGGCGUGGCUUUGGGGUCUAGUAAAGAGGGAAUGCACCAGCGCUCGUUCUCCGUGUCCAGCGCAGAACAGUGGAGCGAGGCCGUUAUCAGCACCACGGCAGCCAAUGGGAUGGCAGAUCCUCUCAGCUCCGCCCCUGGCAUGAGCAGCGCCACCAGUCCCAAACUUGAGCCUCCACCAUCACCUCAUGCCAACCGCAAGAAACACAGACGGAAAAAGAGCACAGGCAUCACCAAACCAGACGGCCUUUCUGCAGGGAAUGAAGAGCAAGAGGAGUCAUUUGAGUUCAUCAUCGUGUCCCUGACGGGUCAGAUGUGGCACUUUGAGGUGUCCACGUAUGAGGAGAGAGAACUCUGGGUUCAGGCCAUUGAGAGCCAGAUAUUUGCCAGUCUACAGUCCUGUGAGAGCAGCAAGAACAAGUCUCGAUUAGGAAGCCAGAGUGAUGCAGUGGUCAUCCAGUCCAUCAGGAACAUGAGGGGAAACAGCUUCUGUGCAGACUGUGACGCCCCCAAUCCGGACUGGGCCAGUCUGAACCUUGGCGCUCUGAUCUGUAUCGAGUGCUCUGGGAUGCACAGGAACCUGGGCACCCAUCUGUCCCGCGUACGGUCUCUGGACCUGGACGACUGGCCUGUGGAGCUCAGCAUGGUGAUGAUGGCCAUCGGGAACGCCAUGGCCAACAGCGUAUGGGAGGGCUGUGUGGAAGGAUACAUCAAACCUGGGGUGGACAGCACCAGGGAAGAGAAGGAGCGCUGGAUCCGGGCGAAGUACGAGCAGAAGUUGUUCCUGGUGGGGCUUCCUCAGUCAGACGUGCCUCUGGGACAGCAGCUCCUGCGGGCCGUGGUGGAGGACGACCUGAGGCUAGUGGUUGUCCUGCUGGCCCACGGCACCAAGGAAGAGGUCAACGAGACGUAUGGGGACGGCGACGGACGUACCGCCCUGCACCUGUCCUGCGCCAUGGCUAAUGUGGUCCUCACGCAGCUGCUCAUCUGGUACGGCGUGGACGUGAAGAGUCGCGACGCCCGCGCUCAGACGCCGCUGUCCUACGCCCAGCGAGCAGGAAGUCAGGAGUGCGUCGACAUCCUCAUCCAACACGGUUGUCCCGUGACGCCCACAGCCACCCAACACAAUCCCAACAUCAACAACAACGCUCAAUGCGAGCUGAACCGUAGUGUUAGCAUCAUGUGAUCGUGGCCCGCAGUGUCUCUAGUGUCUCUUCUCAAAGAUGUUGAUGUUCCCAUAGAUGCUGCUCUCGUUAAAUGGCAUCAUUUCCCUCAGCAGUACGUCUUUAUUAGGAAACUGUGCGUAAUGCCACAUGUGGCACGUAAACCCAUUACCCUCAUGACGACUUCCUGUGACCAAUGUUAGCGUACGGCAAGAAUUAGCAGUGUUAACAUUAUCAAUGCGUGUUAUUUUUAAGCUGAAGAAAAUUAGGUUUUUAAGGAUCCUUUCUUGUGUGUGUAUAGAACAAAAAAAUGAAAUGAUGGGCAACAGGUUCUAAAGAUAAGUUCGAUUUUUUUAAGGUACAUCGGUUUAGAAAUAAUCAGACGACAGUAAUGGAUCCUCUGCAUUGCGCCCACGCGUUUUUGUCCAUCAGAACAUUAAAUUAUGUUGUUACAGGGAAAAUUCUGUUAUUAUUUACUGCCCCCCCAAACUUUCUUUCUUCUGCUGAAUACACGC